AUGACAACCCCACUACUCAAUCGCUUCAGAGUUUCCUCUCAGGCACCAAUUCGAAGAUACCUCUCAUCAUCGACAACAGGACCAAAGAUUUCCGGACCGGCAGCCUCCAAAACCCAAGGUAUUGGCAGUGGGAAAGGAGCUGCAGGAACCUUUAUCAAAGACAGAGGUCCAGUUUCAUGGCCAUCUCUUUUCUUGGUCAGUAUUGCGGCGGCUUCUUGUGUGGCGUACUACAAUAUUGAGAGAGAACGACGUCUGGAGACUGCAAUGGGACGAGUGGUUUCAAGUGAGUCAGGUGGUUGGUCACCGAAUCCAGAGGUAAUGGCGCCACGAAAAUUUGAAUUGACAAAAUGGGGAUGGUUUCCCAAAGAUGAUGGAUUUGGUGCUUCGGGAAAGCCAGCUAUUGGUGGCCCCUGGUCCUUGAUUGACUUGGACGGAAAUUUGGUGACAAAUGUCUCCUUCCAGGGAAAGUGGCUUCUUCUAUAUUUCGGAUUUGCUCGCUGUCCCGAUAUUUGUCCAUCCGAAAUGCUCAAAAUUGGCCGAGUCAUUGAUCAACUCAAGGAGACUCAUCCCGAGUUGGCCUCCAAGAUUGUCCCACUUUUCGUCUCAGUGGAUCCCGCGCGAGACUCCUUGUCAGCCUUGAAAACGUAUGCCCAAGACUUUCACCCAGACUUUGUGUUCUUGACUGGUUCGCCCACUCAAGUGCAACAAAUGGCCAAGAAAUACCGUGUCUAUGUGAGUAAGGCAGAAGAAACCGAGGAUGGAGACUAUUUGGUGGAUCAUUCAAUCGUAGUAUACUUCCACGAUGAUGGUGGUGAAUUGUCUGAUUGCUUUACGCAGUCGAUGCGACCCAAGGAUAUUGCUGAAAAGAUUGUAGAAAGAAUGUCAAAUACACAACCAGGAGCAUGA